CAAGCUAAUAGCUAGAAAAUGGCUUGGAGGGGCUUUCCCAAUGUCGUACUGAUAAUACUAAUGUCGUUGAGUAGUAUUACAAAGACCACAUGUAGUUCUUCUUCAAUACUGUAUCCGAACUUUUAUGACCAAUCAUGCCCGUGUGCUUUACCAGCCAUCAAGCUGGUUGUUGAGGAUGCAGUGCAGAAGGAGCCUCGCAUGGCCGCUUCUCUACUUCGUCUCCACUUCCACGAUUGUUUCGUUAAUGGUUGUGAUGGCUCGUUGCUUCUGGAUACUACAGACACCAUUGACAGCGAAAAGAAUUCAGCUGCCAAUCGAAAUUCCACCCGAGGAUUCAACGUCGUAGAUGACAUCAAGAGGGAGGUGGACACCUGCUGUGGAGGUGCAGUUGUCUCCUGUGCAGAUAUCUUGGCUGUUGCAGCUCGCGAUUCUGUUGGGGCGGUAGGAGGCCCAACUUGGGAGGUACAACUAGGAAGAAGAGACGCCACCACAGCUAGCAAGACUGCAGCCGAUGCCAACAUCCCACCGUCAUUCCUGGACCUGCCAGCUCUCAUAGACAACUUCAAAAACCAUGGCCUCGAUGAAAAGGACCUCGUGCUUCUUUCCGCUGCUCAUAACUUAGGCUUCGCACAGUGCCUGUUCUUCAAGAAUCGGAUUUACAACGAAACCGAUAUCGACCCUGCAUUUGCAGAGCACUUAAAGUCUGCAUGUCCAAUCAAUGGAGGUGACUCCAACCUCUCUCCUUUGGACCCCUCACCGGCAAGCUUCGACCGAAGCUACUUGACCAACUUGGUUCAGCAUAGAGGGCUUCUCCACUCGGAUCAAGCUCUCUUUAGUGGCGGUUACACCGAUGAAUUGGUUAAGAUAUACAGCAUAGAUGAUAUGGCUUUUAGGUCGGAUUUUGCUCAGUCUAUGAUCAAGAUGGGAAAUAUACAGCCUUUGACUGGAGAUGAAGGUGAAAUUCGAAGGGAUUGUAGGAAAGUCAACCAUUGA